AUGGUUACAAACUGUGAUUGCAAUGGAUUCCAAGAAUAUCAUCGUAAUGGAACUGGAUGUAUAUUUUAUUCAUGGAACUCUACGCAACAAGUUAAUUUGGAGAAAGAGAAUGAAUUUUACCUCUUGGAAAAGCCUACAAAGUCAACCCCAAAUCACCAUGGUAAAAGAAAGUGGAUAUGGAUAAGUGCAUCUACAGUUGCUUUACUCAUAAUAUGCCCACUCAUUCUAUGUUUAGCAAUAAAGAAACACAAAUAUGAAUUUAGAGAAAAUGAGAUGCAAGAGUUGGCAAGACAAGGAGGCUAUGGACCCGUACAUAAGGGAAUUUUGGCAACCGGACAGGAAGUUGCUGUAAAAAGACUUUCAAGAACUUCUGGUCAAGGAAUUGUUGAAUUCAAAAAUGAAUUGGUAUUGAUAAGUGAACUUCAACACACAAAUCUUGUACAACUACUUGGUUGUUGUAUUCAUGAAGAGGAAAGGAUUCUAAUUUACGAAUAUAUGCCAAACAAAAGCUUGGAUUUCUAUCUAUUCGGUGAGGAAUAUGUCAUGUUUUUAUAA